CUUGACAUCCACCCAGCUAAGUGAAUCCUGACACAAUGAGCUACUACGGCGGCUACUAUGGUGGCAAGGGCUAUGGCUAUGGCUCUGGUUAUGGUUGUGGAUGUGGCAGCUUCCGUGGCCUAGGCUAUGGCUUUGGUGGCUAUGGCUAUGGUGGCUAUGGCUGUGGAGGCCUGGGCUAUGGUGGCUAUGGCUGUGGAGGCCUGGGCUAUGGUGGCUAUGGCUAUGGCUGCUAUCGCCCAUCUUGCUGUGGAAGGUAUUCUUCCUAUGGAUUCUACUGAAAAACCACCUGCUCCUGCUCCAUUAUGGAAUCCUUGGCUCUCCCUUCUUCAGGCUAAUUCCUUGACUUUUUAAGGACAUCACAUUCCAUCUGCAUGGGAGAGCUACCUCAACAAGGCCUUGGAAUCCCCAAGGAACACCCAGGGCAGGAAAGUGGCAAAGACAGAAGCAGCAGGACCCGACCUUCUGGGGAAUGAUGCAGAAUUUCACCUGUCAUGAGGGAGACUCCUCCAACAACAACUCAUUUCCAGCAAGUUUGCUCAGCUUUGAUAUACCAUGGCUGAGGCAUAUGUCACAAAUUUUUAAUAAACUUGUU